AUGGAUGGUCAUCUCAGCAUAAGUGCAAACGGAAAACAGACAAGUGACGGGGGGUGUCUGUUGAACGUCGCUGAUGGUGAGGAUGCACCGGUUAGGGAAAAUAUGCACAACACAUGCAAAUCUUGUGGCGAAAGUCAAACUGGAAGCCCAAGGCAAACAUACAAAAAGAGAAAAAAAAAAAAAAGAAAAACAAAAAAAGAACAGUUCAAAAGGGAUAAUAACUUAGUAGCGUUCGAUUACAGCAAAUAUUACGAACGCGUUAACAAGUGGAAUGAAAAAAGACGGGCAUACACAAAGACGGAAAAUUAUGAGGUGGAAAAAAAGGAAACCAGCAAGGUGUGGAAGACGAAGGGGAGCGAACGGGCAGGGAAAAAAAAGCAAAAGAGGAAGUAUGAAGUUUCGCAGUGCCUCUCAAUCCAUCAGCGGAAAAAUAACAGAACUGGGGGUAAUGAGAAGGAUCUGUGUGGGCCAAAGGGAAGGGGUGACCUGCUCUCCAAAUUGGCUAAAGAGGGACGAAGCAGAGUCAAAAGCCACAGCAGCUGCAGCAGUGACAACUGUGGGGAGGGCAACAACCAGGCGGGUAAAGGAAAAAAAAGUGGCCCCCCAUGUGGGAACAACGACAAUCACCAAGAGGGCCUCGUUGACGAAGACGAUGGAAGAAACGAAAAAGAGGAGGCCCAGACGAACGAAUGGACAAAUGAAGAAAGCAAUCCUGACAACCCUACGCAUGACCCCCUAAUGGUGAAGCACGAGGAUAACUCCUUCUCCCCCUUCAUAUGUCCCAGUGAACGUAAAAGGCAUGCGCAGGAUCGAGUGGGGGAAACAAGUGAUAUGCAUAUUAACGCUAGGUCUAAUGAAACGAUUGUGGAGAAUGAGGACAAGAUGGCCUACUCGAAUAGGACCAUAGCGGACAGCUUCGACGACGUGGUCAGUUUGAGUCUGCGUGCUUCAAACGGAGACAAUUUGGAUGAUUCCAAGUUCAGCGGUGAUCAUUUCGAGGGAGACCACGCCAACUGGAACCACCUCCACGGGGACUACCAGAAUUUGCUCCGCAACCCUACGGUCCUUAUGAAGCCGAAAGAGCCUAACAGGCACAUGUGCGGUCCCCCCUUGGAGCAACCCAACGGAUACAUGAUCGGUAGACACACAGAAAAGGACAUGGUGAAAGAAAGGACAAAGAGAACGGAAAAGGGAACCCCCAAAACAAACAUAUACAACGAAAGGUUUCAAUUUGAGGUACGUGAUCCUAAUAGGAACUCGCAUGAGGAGGAUAUACUGAGCCGCCCUCUAAAAAUGCAUGACCCAUUUUGCACGCAUAAUGGAGGGAACAACUGGGAUCAUUCGAGCGUCUGCCCAAACACCUUCGCGAGUUAUUAUCAGCCAAAUGGUGCCCCCCCUGAAGGCAUCUACAAGGGAAUAUAUAAAGGCAUCGAUAAAGAGAGCCACGGAAGCAGCUGUGAUCGACUGCGCAGCCGCUUCUCCGAUUUCUACUACAAGUGGCCCCCCCUGAGCAUCAAAAACCCAUUCGCCUUCAUCUACAAAAGUGCCAAAUUUUUUGGCCUCGUUCAAGAGGCAUAUAGAAAAAGGACAACCCGAGAAGCACAGCCACACACAACCACCACAAUAAACGUAUAUGCAAAGAGAAAAAAAAUAUACACAAAGGAGGAACACAUAAGCAAAUUGGACAUCUCCAAGAAAGACCUUCUCUUCAAUUUUGAGAUGGAUAAUUUGAACUCCUCGGAAAAUUCCUCACUACAAAUUUGGGAAGGCUCUACAAGCAAAGUCAAAGGCGCUGUUCCAACAUACAGCUGGAGGGAAAACAAAAUCAGCAGAGACUUCACCAAGCAGUUCGGAAUAACGCCCCCCCAACAAGAGAGCCUCCUAAGAAGGUUAAGCGGCGUGGAAGAAUUGCACACGUGCGACACAGAUGAGGAGGGAAUAAAGGAGGACAGAAAAAGGCCCAUUAUGAGUAUGGUACAAAGUGCUCCUGAGGCUGAAGAACAAGUGAACCUCCCGGGGAGACACAAAACUGAUGAAGAGGAAAAGGAAGAAAAGCCCAUGAACAAACACAAACAACUAAUAGACGUAGGGAAAAAAGACACGAAUAGAAAUUUUGAUAUUUUUUUAUCCCUGUUCAUGAAGCACGAAAAAAAAGAAGAAUUCCUCUUCUGCCUAAUAUGCGACGAAGAGCUGACGGAAAAUUCUAUUUUUUUUCAAAAUUGCAUCAAGCCAAUGUUAGACGAAUAUAGAAAAUCUAAAUUUGAGAAAGUGAAAAAAGAAAAGAAUACCUCCCCCGAUGUAUCCCUCAGCGACAUACAUAUAAACAAAAUAAUCCUAGAAAUUAUGAUCCCAUCUAUAAAGAAAAAGUACCUCAAGUAUGUAAGUGGGUUGUACGAUAAAAAGGAACCCACACCUAAUAACGAUAUUAACGCAUCAGAUGAGCUACAAAAGGAGGUACUCGAAAUUAACCAGAAAAUGGAAAACUUAAAUAUCAAAUCGCUAGAUAAACAUAGCACUGAUGUAUAUAUAAAAGAAGCUAGCCGUUAUGAAAAAAAAAUAAAAUUAAUUGAAAAACCCAAAUGGAGCAAUGAACAAAAUUUAAAAAAACUCCUUCUAAAACAACAAAAUUAUAACCCCUUUACUAUAUUUGGGACUAGCAUUAAGGAGGUACAUCUAGAAGAAGUCUUCACCCUCGACGUAUACAACAACUACGUAACCAAUGAAGACAGAUUUAGAAACAAAAUUUUGUACGAUUUGUACGUAGGAAAGUAUAUACAAAAUUUGUACCACAAAAUUGACUACCAGGAAUGGACCUUUGUUCUUGACUCUCUGAAAAAACAGUGGAAAUAUUUUACCAACCUAGAAUGUAAUAUGUUCCUAGAUCCUCUACUGUUGGAAGAAAUUUUAUGGUACAUUGAUGAAAACAAAAUGUAUAAGGACAAAAGUGAAGAAAUGUACACUUAUGAAUACUGCUUCUGUCCUACUCCUGAUCCUACCAAGGAGAUGAAUCUGAAUGACGUAAAACACUUUGCCACAUCAAUGGCGGAAAGGUACACGUUGCACCAGGAUGUAAAGUAUAAAAAGUUGUCCCUAAAUGAGGAAAGUUUCUCCCCACACAAGACGCUUAUUUUAAAAUAUGACGAUGUUAGCGUGGACCAAGACAUAUUGACUUUUGCAGGAAGGCAGAAGGAAAAACUGACAAAGGAGGCCCUUCUUUUUAAUGUACCUAGACCAUCUAGCACAUUUUACUACGACUCGGACUUCUUUGAAAAUAAAAUAAAAAAACACAUGUUCAGGAAGAAAGUGAAACGCUGCAAGGGUAACUUGGAUGUGAAUUCUCCAUCCGGGAAAGAGGAGGAACCCUUUACAAUAAAAUACAAGUCCAAAAAAUGGACCUCGCAAAAAUUUUUUGACAACUUUUUUUCUAAUUAUUACCUUUACAAUUUUGACAGAAUGGACAGCUUCCCGGAUUACAUACCUAGUUUAAUGCCUGAACAUUCAGGCUGCGACAUAAAUGUUAUACACUUUUCGGAGCCAUACCACAAAAUCACGAAGCAGGAACAGCGUGAGGAUCCCGAGUUAAAGAGAGUCCUCGCACAGAAUAUAUAUGACAACGUAAAAAACAGCAUCACCUAUUUGGAACAGACUCAGUAUAACCCGUGUGAGUGCAAUCACUGCCGAAGCGACAUAGCGGACGCCACACUCGAAGACAAAAAACUGCGCAAUAACGUCUCAACUGCCCAACUAGGUUACAAAAAGGAAUGUCCAAAGGCAUGCGUGGAAGAUAGAGAAAUCAUCCCGAAUAGACUACAGUCUAUAAGCGCAGUGGAGGGGAAAACUUCUCUCCAUCCUAAAACGUACAAUAUAUUGAAGAACCACAAGGAUAGUUUGGAAAUUCAUCAGAGCAUUCCCCCUCUAAUGUGUGAAAGCUUCGCCGAAUUUACCCCCCGUAGUAGCCCCCACCAGAAAAAUCAACGUCUACCCGAAGAAGAAGACAACAUGAAUAACCACAGAUAUGGAGAGUAUUCCCCAAUGAACGGAUUUGGAUACAACCACCAUAACACCAUGAAUCCAAAUGGGUUCUGCACAAACACGUAUAAUAGAGAGCUUCCAAAUUUAACCAUGCAGCAACAUAAUAUGCAUGGAAGGAACAACCUCAUGUUCGAGGAUGGUAACAUUCCAUAUGGUCUUUAUGGACAGUCGAAUUACACAGGGACAAAUUCUCUCACGUAUGGAGGUGGUACCCCCUCGCAUGAUCCCAAAAUGAUGUAUAGAAGGAACCACGAAACGAACGAACCGUUUUAUAAUCACUCCCCGAUGGGAAGUGGAAUGGGUUACAACACGCCCUUCCUGCCCCCACAGGCAUACUACCCAAGCAUGAAACGCAAUUUAACGAAAGAGGGAUAUACGCACGGUUAUCAUUACAUGAACAACGCUAAUAACAAUGGUGCACUCACCAAAUAUCCUUCAGAAAGCGUCGCGGAUAAGGGUUCAAAAAAAGAAUCGUGCAGGAAAAACCUAUCCAAGGUGAAAAAGGGCGAUAUAGACAUCAACAUAGAAACUUCUUCCUCCGGUCGAAAGGGGGUCAUAAUAGAUUUGAACAUCGGCGUUGGCAAUUAA